AGCAGCAGCAACAGCAGCAGCAGAAACGGCAACAGCAGCAGCAGCAGCAGACAACGACGGAAGUGACGCCAAAGAUGACGAAGAAAACCAGCGUCAUCUCAGCGCCAAGCAAGUGGACAGAUUCGUUUGGCCUUAGCAGAAAACUUUCCAAGGGAAUACAAAAGUACAAGGUCCGUCUGAUAACACUGGGUGACCCCGCGGUGGGCAAGUCCAGUUUCCUUGACGCCCUGGUCAAGGGAGGAGGAACUCCGGGCACUCACGCGCAGAGAGGGGUCAAUGGACACCUGUCCCAGGUGAACAAGGUAGUCCGGCACGGCGACCACGAGGUGGAGCUAGACAUUCGGGACACGGCUG